GCGCGAAGCAGCAAGCGACUGUCGGCCCCGUCGGCGCUACUCACUCCACGCUCUGCUCACUCACACGGCGCCAACAGCCGUUGUCGGCGGCUCUGAACUCUAAACCUCGGCGUGCUCAGCUGUGUCUCCGGCGUUAACGUGUCAGUCCGUUGCGGCGUGGUCGUAGCGCGGCGGCGAGCGGCUUCCUCGAUUAUCCACUGCAUCGAUUAUCGGAUUAACCUCACCGACAAGAUGGCUCCGACAACGUUUAACGUGCUGCCUGGGACUCAAUCGACGGCUAUGGACGACGAUUGCUUAGUGCUGAUGUGCAUGGAAGCGCCGCAUUACGAACAGAUAGCGCGGGCGUCGUACGAUUCGGCCAUCGUCGGCGAUGCCCGUGUCAUGGAGAAGCUGAUCCAGCUGCAGAGUCGAUACACGGUCACCUGCGACUACUGCGUCCAUGUUCAGACCGAGGUGCAGAAGCCGAUGAGAAAAACGUUGGCGCUUUGGAUGUCGGAGGUGUGCGAGGAACAGGGCUGCGAAGACUCGGUGUUCCCGACGGCCAUGAACCUGCUGGACCGGUACCUGUCCGUGGCGGCGGCGCGCAAGUCUCACCUGCAGCUGCUGGGCUGCGUGUGCCUGCUCCUAGCCUCCAAGUUGCGUCAGACCCGCGCGCUGGCCGUCGACGUGCUCGCCUACUUCACCGACCACUCGGUCACCGUCGAGGAGAUACAGGCUUGGGAGCUGCAGGUACUGGACCGGCUGAACUGGGACGUGGCAUCGGUGGUGGCCAACGACUUCGUCGACCACCUGGUCGCCAUGUUGAGUCUCGCCGACUGCGGCGACACCGUGCGGAGGCACGCGAACACCUUCAUCUCACUCUGCGCCUCCGAGUACCUCUUUAUGAGCUACAGCCCCGCCCUGUUAGCCACUUCCAGUGUGGCUGCAGCUGUACAUGGACUCAGAGGACCACUUUAUACAACACGUGCCCAGGACCAACUCAUGUCCACACUGGAAAGGAUCACACACGUCCGGAUGGUGGACAUCCGGCGUUGUGUCCUUGAAAUUGAGACACUGAUGGCAACCAGUGUGGCUGCCUUUCAGCAGCAGCAGUCAUGUGGUAAGGGCGGCAGUGCAGCAUUGAUGUCGUACGCGACCAGCAAAAACAAUGCGCUUGUAGCGCCCUCCAACGCCGACCCCAGCUCCUGUCAACCAAACACGCCGACGGAUGUUCAGGACAUCAGCUUCUAAAAGACGGAUCCUCCUGUAGUUCCUUGCUGUUUGUGCGUUAAUGUGUGUCUGUUGUGUGUCUGUUUUGACUUGUUCUUGUUACAUUCUAUGUCUUACGAUUUAGGAGUGUUCUUGAGACAGUGUGUUGUGCCGACCUUUUGCCUUUUGCAAGCUUUUUGCCUUUUCUAUUGCUUAUUUUUGAAGGAUUGACUUUGCGCCAAAGUUAUUGAUACAUUUACAGUCUUCCAAAUCCCACCGCCUUCAGUUAGCAAUGUCUUUUUCUACACACAAGCUGUUCAGAAGUCAGGAGGCAUUGAAACUCCCUUUAAGGGGGGACUAGCAGUUGAUGCACACAGUGCUCAAAACUACUCAUUUUCUUUUCGUCCUUGCAAAUCCUGUUUUCCUUUUUCUUCACGUUCUUAUGACAAGGGUUGAGCAGGAGAUGUACGUCAUCCGCAGAACCAUCUGUGCUCACUUGCUACUGCUCAUGUUUUAUGCAGGUUUUGAAAAAACAUGUUUGCUUCUUAAUUAUCUCUUCUGAUUUGGAGUUCACAUCUCACGUUAUGUCUUCCAGACUUAUGCAUCUUCAAGUGCUAGAUUUUUGCACUUUGUAUCACUAGUGUUUUCAUUAAAAAAACAAAAAAAAACAGACAUCCACCAUAUUUUAGGUGCGUUGGAAGUCCUAGGAAUGUAAAGUACAUCCCUUGUUGUUCUGCGUGAAAAAAAUAUAUAUUUCUAGUGUUCAGUGCUACCAUAUUAUAAUGUGUGCACAUGAGUGAGUGUGUGUGUUUGUGUGUGUGAAGCUACACAGUUCGUUACCUGGCAGAACUGCGAAACCAAAUCAGUGCUAAUUUGGCACCAUGCAUAUUAUACAUAUCAGACAUAGUUAUUAUGGUCUUUAUACACUGGUGCUGAUAACGUUCACUUACUAGUCCAUGGCUUUUUGCCAGCAGUUUUUCGUCUUUUAUUGACAGAUCUCGCGAGAUUACAUAGAGGGCCAUUUUUUAUUUGUAGCCAACUGCCUCUUUUGUAUCUUGCCGUUAUGAAUGUUCGUGUUGCUAGGCAUAGUUUCAUAAAGGCUUAUGUGCACUUGAAUAUGAUGAAUCUAUUUUUGAACCGGUGCUGAAUGAAUUUAUUCUGUAUUUUAACAAAACGGCCUCCAAUUUGAAUAGGAAGCCUUGUUUAGGAACAUUUCAUCCAACAAAGUAAAACAGAAGGCAGUGUAACACCAAUUGAAAUUUAUAUAUUGUAUUCUGCAAUUUAUAUAUUGUAUUCUGCACGAGACUGCCUGCUGCGCUGGGUAGCUUGUUGCCUAGGCUGUGUCUUAAUAUAUUCUACUUGUGUUUUUUUUUGUGUGUGUGCAACAGUGUUCAGUUGUCCUAUUUUUAUGUGUGUGUUGAAGCAUUCUACACCAUAAUUUAUUAAGUUAGCACUGCACCAAAAGUCAAGAUGGUCCAGGUGUGUCUAGUCCCUUUCUUUUUUCUCUUUGUUCAACAGAUAUUUCUUACACUAAAACACAAAAAAAUAUAGUUCCUGAAUGUCUACAUCUCCAAGCAUAUUUCUCACCUCGGUACCAAGCUGGUGCCACUUGACAUAGCGCAACAUACACAUAAGUCACUGCCAUUCUCACCUUUUGCACGUCUUGAUUUCUUGCUUUUUUUUUCUUCCUCUGUCUAUUUCAUAUUAUUUUUGUUCCCAUUUUGAUGAUUGAAUAAUGUCCACCGUGCCGAGCAUCACGAAAACUCAACUAUACUCAGGUGCCCAUCAGGACCACUGUGUGGCUUCUAUAUUUCUCAGAAAACUCUGUAGCAUUUCAUUGCUACAUGCUGCUUGAACCACUUACAAUGGCCUACCUGGUCUGCCACAGCCAUAGAAGUAGGUUGGAGAAGCAUUAAAAAGCCCAAGUAAGCUGGAAUGCUAGCUCACCGAAAUCCCCGUAUUCAACUCAAUAAAAUGCGCUUGUGAAGGCCCUGCCUUCAAAUGCGUGGCACAUGCAAAGUGCUGCCAUUUUGACAAUAAGAGCAAUACUGGAUUUUAUGCUUGUGUGUUAUAUCUCAACCAAAGCUCAGAGAGCUACCACCUGUUUACAAAGCAGGUGCUGAUAUCUUCAGCCCUUUAUUUUGAGAACCACAGAAGCAGACCCUCUAUUGCAAGUGUUGAAAAAGCAAAAAUAUUAUUUAGCAAGCUGUUUAUUGCUUGUGUUUUUCUGGUUUGUAAUUUUGUGACACUUAAAGUUUGAUAAAAUAAGCUUUUUUCCUUGACAAAUAAAAGUUGACAUAUUUAUCAUCUUUUUGACCUAGGGGAUGAAGGAACAUCCUCUGUUUGCACAUUUGAAGAGUUAAUAUCAUACUCAUGACCAUCCUUGUUCUUUCUUCGUUCUUUCUCGUGUGAAUACCAUAAGUCACGUGUGGAGAUCAUCUUUUCUUCUUUAAUGGAUAUCCACAUAUGGUGUUGCAUUUCGUUAAUUGUUCCUGUAAUGUUCAUAGUGUGUGUACCUCAUUAAUUGCACUCUCGAAAUGCAGACAUAUUGUUUACGGUUGAAACAUCCAUGAGCAUCAAGUUGAUGCAUUGUUCAAAGCAUAUCUUAUUGUUCCACAUGUACUGUUUACGCCACUGUUUCCACCAUGUUUCCGAGCCCACUGCCAAAGAACGAAAACAUUCCACUUAUGGAUUGUUACUACAUAUAUUGUGUUUGUCUUCUAUGUUUGACAAGGUUUAAUGAAGACUUUAUAGUAAUGUUUCAAUAUCUCUGUGCUAAAACAUUCAAAGCACCCUUGGUAGACAUGUGUGAUAUGCAUAUGCAAGAAGUCUGUGAUAUUUCUAGCAAAUAGCGCCAGUAGACUGUGAUAGUUAACAGUGCACUUACAAACAUAGUUAAGCAUGUACACCACGGAGUCAUUCAGUACUUCUCUUUGUUGUGAAAUUCCCACCCAGAUUUAUUUCAAUGUUGCUUUUAAAUCGUCAACCAACUCCUUGUGGUUGGUUCUAAACUCGAAAAGCUGCCAAAAUGCAGGUUUUUUCACGCUGUCCUCACCAUUUAGGUACACUUUGUUCUAGCUAAAUGUAUGGUAAAUGUAACAACCAAUCUCAAAUUAUUUAUUGGACACUAAUUAAUUUGCCUUAUUCUGUCAAAUCACAGGAAGAUAUUUCAUGUGAUUUGAAUUCCAGGUUUAUGUUCCGCUAUAUAUUUGGUGCCACCAAACCUUAUGUGCUGCAGCACUCAAAUAAAAUACUUUGAUCAGCAAUAUGGCUUUGAUCAGGUGCGUGAGAAUUGAUGUGUAAACGUGGCUAUUUUAUGGGCACGUUUUCCCAAUCCAGUGGAAACUGAUAUUGAUGCAAGAUCAUGGUAACCCUCCUUAGAUAUACCUUAAUUGGAUUCCAACUUCUGCACUGAAUACACAUUUGAAUGACCUUACGAAUAAAACAGGAUGUCAAUGUCACAAAUUGUAUUGACCAUUUGACCAAGUUUGUUAUUUAACACUGUAUUAUACAAUGGUUGCCUGACAAAACACAUCCCACAAGUUACCCUUAGAUGUGCAAAAUUUCAAUAAGCGCUGGAAGUUAUGUUGAUGUUCUGCUGAAUCUUCAUGCACAAUUGCAUGAGACAUAGCAUGUGAUUGAUAUCCACAUGCAGUCAACAGCAGUUGGAUAAAAGUCUCAAAGCAUUUAGCCAUGUCAUUGCUUUAUUUUUUUUUCUGCGUGGCACUUGUAAAGGAAUUUCAUGACUUCUAAAGGUACUGAAGGGCUCUCUCACUGGAAUGCAUUAUUCUUGUACUUGAUGCCGGGGAUGCUGUAGUAAGCAUCCAAGAAAUGCAGUACGCAGCCGUUUAUCUAUCAUUCACUUGUAUAAAAACAGCUCCGGUGUGUUUGUAUGAAACUUGUGUGUUUCUUAGAGUGAAUUCUAGUGUUCAUUUCUAUGCAUUACGAAACAAUGUAAUAAAGUCAUUACAUUGAAAAAUUUA